CUGAAAUCUACUAGCUUGAAGGUUUUGCUUACAUUUUCCCCUCUUCUGCAGUGAGAAGUCAUGAUGUUGUUGCACGGAACUAGGCAGUAUUGAUUCGCUUAUCGAGGAAAUACACGGUACACAUUUAUUUUUACUUCUGCACAAACGCGCGCUCUUGUACUUCUCGUCCAUACCGUCGGCGUUGCGCUAGAAAUUAACGAGAAUCGACACUUCGAAAUUCAAAGGACCACGUUGGCAUCGCUUUCCCUAGUAGUCGUUGAAAGAAUAUUAAUUCUCCACCAUGUUUACCCUCCGCGAGCUAAUUGUCAGCAACUCUGCUGAGGGCAACGCCGACGCGGGAGAACAAGCCGUGCCCCUCCCAGCAGCAGCAGGCUCCUAUGCGGUGUUGGCGGGGACGUCAACCACAAAAUUUGUCUGGUAUGCGGACCAGAAACUGGUGUUUUUCGACGCAAAGGAAGCUGCUGGUGUCGUGCGCCAGAGUGGAGGACAGGCAGCCGGAAGUGGUCAACAUCUCGGCAUUACUACACUGCCGUAUUUGCAGCCGUGUCAACGCAUUCUGUACUGCUCGCCAGUGAACCAGUCGAAAAAAGCCGGGAUUCAGGUAAACUUUUGUAUAGUAGAGUUUGAUAUAAUUGAAAUUGUGUCUGGACGAUUCCUUUCUGCGCUGCCUGCUACAACUUUUUGGGCUUUUAAUCUUUGUUUUACCCGUUUUGAUGCAUGCGUGCUUCACGGCCUAAAACAAGUCGCACUCUGUCCAUAAAAAUCGGCUGUUGACUUCAAAAAAAACCACUUCGAAAUAAACAAAAAACAGCUGCACCUCCUGGAAAAUGCCCGGACCGUGGUCCACCUCCUGCUUCGCAGCAACUUUUCCCAAGUGCUCGAGGUGAAAAGGACGGCUUUAACGGGAACCUUCGCGGCGAUGGAUGGCAGUUUACUUCUGACGCAAGAUUUCAACCUGUACGAUUUGAAUUCCGUGGUCUACUUCUCGACGACGACGUCCACUCCUUCUAGUGAGGACAUCGUUUCCACCACGACUUCCAGCGGCAGUCUUAUGCGUGCGGAUGACGUUCUUGCGAGUUCAGGCGGUGACGAUAAUCUUCCCACCGCCGCCUGCAGGAAGUGCUGCCUGCGGGAGCUGAUGUGGGGCGAGGGCUCCAUAGAAGCGGAUGUUGAACAGCAGGAGCAAGAGAGCAGCGAUGAAUUAGUAUCUUCCACCAGGCUGUUCCUCUCUACACUGAAUUACAACUAUGCGGAGGACGAGAAUGCUUCUACCACAAGUGGACUAGGCUCCUUGUCCACUACAGCGACAAUUCUCACGGUCGCCCGCCACACCGCUUUUUGUGUUUCCGUGGACUUUUCGACUGGAAAAGCGGUGUUGCUGGAGGAGAAACGCCUGCCGGAAAACUGCAGCACUUCCGAGCUGCUGUUCCAGGAACACAGUCGUUUAGGCGGUAGUUCUACUUGUGCAGGAGCUGGUACUUCUCGGGGUUCUUUGUGCUUUGCCGCAGCAGAGGACGAGCAGAGGAGAUCAUUAGUAAACGGAAUAUCAAACGAGAAAGACGGAAAGAGCGGAACAACUGCAGACAAGACAGCUAUGAAAAAGAUCAUAGCUGCGGACAGAAAAACGACGACGACGACGAGGCCAGCGUAUUUAGUGCGGGCCGACUCGAGCUGCAGUACGAAUUCCAGUGCAAGGACGACGCAAGGUCUGCGUCACGCCAGCGUGACACCAAGAAAGAUGAUCUCGGUGCAGCAACUGACGGUUUCUGAGAGUGCAGAAGCAACAGGUUCAAGCAGAAAGGUCCUCUUCGCCCCGUUCGCUGUGAACAACAAGUCUUUAUUGAGAGCAGCGACACCAGAACAAGCAGCUGCUUCUCAAAACUUGCUUGUGGAGAUCAUUGCGUCCUCAAACGGAGUCGUCGAAACAGCAGCUGUUCCUACGUCGACAACAACGAGCAGCCCACGACCUCCCAGUCAGGAUGUAGAUCUGCAGGUCGUGGACGAACAUCCUCAGCACCACCUCCCAGUCGAAAUCUGCGUCCGCAACCCCGCGGUACAGGGGCUGUGCAUGUGGCGCAGCAGCAGCAGCAUUCUUGAUUCAUCGAACAAGAUGAACUUUACCGCGGUGAUGCACUCUGCAGACUGCAUCCUUCUGCUCGCUGAAGACGCGUUAUCAUCCUCUUCGGCCACAACAACAACUACAAGUCGACGACUCUUCCAACUGGUUGCCAACGUCGACGGCUCGUCCUCUUUGUCCGCCUUACACGCCACGACCUCCGCAGUGCCUUCUCUGCAGAGCUGCGGGUUGCUCAGCGCGCUGAUUGGACGGGCGACGGGGAGUUCUUCUGCAGGAGCUACUUCGGGGAUGAAAAGACCAGUGUCUUGUUCGGAGGGUGGAGCAGCGGAGGUACUAGAGAGUUGUUUUUUCAUAGUUUCGAAAGUUGUUGUUCGGGCCUUUUCUCUAUUCUGAGGUGUUGAAAAAUCAAAAUCUAAGUCAGUAUAUGCGUGCAUUGAUUACGUCGAAAUUUUCAAUAUCCGAUUCUUGGAAAUGACUAUCACAGGCGCGACGACCCGCCGAUGUUAACCCAGAGUUGAAAAAGCGGAGGAAGUUGACCACGGAGCAGGAAGUCCUUUUGCUCACGAAAAAUCUCUUCAACAAGGGGAGCCGCCGAAUCGCGGAGAGAAAAGCUGUGGAAAUCGUGUUGAAAAACAAAAAGUUGUUUCCAAAAUUCGUGGAAACCUACGUCUAUAACGCCGACAAUUUGAUCCAAAGCCUGCGAACGCAGCUCUCCGCGGAGGUCGCGAAAGUGUGGCUGAAAACGCUGAUCAGUUACCUGAAAUACCACGAGCUCUUGCUUGUGCCCAAGAAAGUGGGCGGGAGUGGCGUUGUUGGUUGUACUUCUGGCAAUAGUAUUACCUCUUCUCGUGCACAACAAGGAGCUGCAGCAGCAGGAGGAGCCGAAGGGGCCGCGCCGGGAUCCAGUACAACUUCCAACGAGGAACAUCUUCAAGAUGAAAAAAACAAAAGCGCCGGCGAAAAUAAAAUCGACAUGGUCCCAGCAGUGACGGCCACGGGCAGUGUGCGGCACUUUCUGGGCACUAUUCCCUCGAUCGAGAAGAGCGCCAAAAUGCUGGAGCUGUUGCUGGACGCGAAGUUCAUUGAGUUUGCGUACUUCAGCCCGAUCGACCGGGAAGAUUUGCUCACGUUGCAGAAGUUCAUGCAGAAGAAGCAGAAGCAGCAGAAGCAAAUCCGCCACAUGCUGCCGUUCGUGAAGAACAUUGUGGAGCAGCAGACGGCGAAACUGGCUGAGAGGACCAUGGAAGCGGGCGGCGGCAGUGGACAGAAUUCGCUCGUCGGGGAUUCCUACCGGGUGAGCGCCUUCGAAAACCGGGGGAGGAACCUGUGCGAGUUGUUCUGUCUGGAUCUGUGAUUGCUACAAGAUGAAUUUCCGCUGCCACGAACAGGAAUUUUGAUCUUCGAGAAAGGAUCUCGCUGAGCAGCUUCUCGCAAAGAAGCUUGGAGAAGAGUUUAUGCUGUAUGCGGAAGGUAGAAAUAGAUGUCCGUCGUGCAUAAUGAUCUUCGUCACGCGAGUACUUCGAAAAGGCAAGCAACGAACAUAAUGCACGACAAGAGGCACAAGCACAACUCAACUGCGUCUGUGCCUGUGGUUUGUUUCAGAAUUAUUUCUACGUGAUCUUCGCGCGCCAUCGAGAUUAGAGCAGUUCAAACUCCGCG